AUGGCCAACACCGCCCCCCGAGUCGCCGAGGUAGAGCACGAGGAGGCCGCCGCCGCCGUCGACAAGAAGGCGCAGGCCCUCGCAGACAGGAUCAGAACGAGCAAGCACCUCGUCGUCUUCACGGGCGCGGGCGUGUCGACCUCGGCCGGGAUCGCGGACUUCAGGGGCCCCGAGGGCGCCUGGACGCUCAUGGCGCAGGGGCGCGGGCAUGACCUGCGGUCUAUAGACACCCUGGAGGCGAUACCCACGCCGACUCACAUGGCCCUCGUUGAGCUGCAGAAUCGCGGGGUGCUUAAGUAUCUCAUCAGCCAGAACUGCGAUGGGCUGCAUCGGAGGAGUGGGAUCUUGCCUAGCAUGGUUUCUGAGCUCCAUGGAAACAGCAACCGCGAGUACUGCAAGGACUGCGGCAAGGAAUACAUCCGUGACUUCCGGGCCGUCGCACCCGACGAGCGCCCAGUGCAUGACCACCGCACAGGCCGCAAGUGCGCGAUCUGCGGCGGUAUCCUCCUGGACAGCAUCAUCAACUUCGGCGAGGACCUGCCCGAGGCGGACUUUGAGCGCGCGCAUGCGCACGCAGAGAAGUCCGACGUGUUUGUCGUCCUGGGCUCCUCGCUGACGGUGACGCCCGCAAACGAGAUCCCGGAGAUCCCGGGCCGCAAGCGUAACCCAUUCCUGGCGAUCUGUAACCUGCAGAAGACGCCGGUAGAUGGCCUUGCUGACCUCAGGGUGUUCUCCAAGUCGGACGAUCUGAUGACACGCGUCAUGGCGAAGCUGGAUAUCCCCAUCCCGUCGUUCAUCCUUCAGCGGCGCCUGAUCAUCACGAAUGGACAGAAUGCGAGGGGCAAGUUCCAUCUCUUGAUCACUGGCGUGGACGUAGAUGGGACACCGAGCACAUUCCUCCGUUCGGUCAGGUGUCGCAACAACAGGCGUGUCGCUCGCGCCGAGCCUCUAACGAUAGACUUUCGCGGUGGCUUAGAGCCGGGGACCCGCGUUGAGCUCGAGCUCGAGUUCAUGGGCAACUAUGGCGAGCCAAAUCUGUGUAUCAACCAUGAUAAUGGCGGCCAGGUCGAUGAGUCGGUCACGUAUGAUCUCAAGUACAACCCCAGCAAUGGAAGUUGGGAUUAUAGCAGGACGAUUGAUUUAUCUGCUUAG